AACGCAGCCUCCGUUCUCCUCAAGCUCGUGUCUGCAGCUGAGCUGAAAACCAAGCUUCACCAAGUGGAAGUCGGACACGAAGCUGCUCCUCGGCGUCUGUUGUUGCCUCAUAUCUUUGCAGGCCUCAUGUCUAUGCACCUUAGCCACCCUGUCCUCUAAAAGCACCAGAUUUCCAUCCAGCAGCCUCGUCCACAUCCCAGUUUUCUUUCCCGAAGCGUCCGGCAUCUCUCGGUGCCAUGAACUGGGCAUUUCUCCAGGGCCUCCUGAGCGGGGUCAACAAGUACUCCACAGCGUUUGGCCGUGUGUGGCUCUCGGUCGUCUUCCUCUUCCGGGUCAUGGUGUUCGUUGUGGCUGCGGAGAAGGUGUGGGGGGACGAGCAGAAAGACUUCAUUUGCAACACGGCCCAGCCAGGCUGUCACAACGUCUGCUAUGACUUUUUCUUCCCCGUAUCCCACGUGCGGCUUUGGGCCCUGCAGCUGAUCUUCGUCACCUGUCCCUCGCUUCUCGUGGUGCUUCACGUGGCCUACCGUGAGGAACGGGAGCGCAAGCACCAGUUGAAGAAUGGCGAAGGCUGCCAGCGGCUCUACCAAAACACGGGCAAGAAGCGUGGAGGCCUGUGGUGGACCUAUGUCCUCUCCCUGAUCUUCAAGAUGGGCGUAGACGCAACUUUCAUCUACCUGCUUUACUACCUGUACGCUGGCUACGACUUCCCAUCAAUGGUCAAGUGCACGCAGGAUCCCUGUCCCAACACAGUGGACUGCUUCAUCUCACGACCCACUGAGAAGAGGAUCUUCACGCUCUUCAUGGUGGUCACCAGCCUGGUGUGCAUCCUCCUCUCGUUCUUCGAGAUUCUCUACCUGAUGGGCAAGCGCUGUUGUGAGUGUGUCUCAAAGUUGCAAGACUCCAAGCAGGUGGCCCGGGCCACAGAUAUCCAGAACCCCAACAGCCUGCUGGAGACCAACACCAAACGGUUGAUAGGCAAAUGUGGGCCCGCUCCACAGUACAUGGUGACAGUUGCACUGUGAUCAACAGGUACCAAAGCACAAGAGACUCAAGACCAAAGGAUCUAACUGGACAAUGAUAAACAUCGUAAGGGUAUUUAACUCAAAAUGCCUAGGUGUGUUAUUCAGUUGUUCAGUGAGAGACACAGGAGAGACCACCAUAAGGGUAUCUCAAGAGGGAUUCUCAUGGGACAAGAAACUGUAGAGCGUACGUUAGUCCUGAGAGGUUUCUGCCUCAACACAAAGACUGAGAAUGGGUUUAACUCCAAGUCUACGAAAGGUUUGAGUUCAGAGUGGGAAGAACAUACAACAAUCUGCUUAUCCAUCAACCUCUGUCUUAAGACAGGCUUGUUUUUACAGCUUAGAAAUUUACCCUCAGGUUGUUCUUUCCUCAUACCAGGUAACCACUGGAGACAGGUUCAAUAAAAAGUCUUGGAGAAGAUAUACAUAAACACUGAAUGGGGUGGAGCUCUUCCGGAGAUGCCUAGAACAAGUUCUCUCAAGUCUUCCCUUUGCGUUUUCAUGCACAAAUUCAGGCCUGCUUUGGCUCUGAAUCAAAGCGGACAAGAAAAAGCAAGCUAGGCCUUCUGUUCAAAGGCAAUUCCAGCCAUCUGUCUUCCUCGAGUCAGAGAAGAGAAUACUGUGCAAAUAGUGAACUGAUGUAUCAGCCCCACACCCAAGUACAGGUUGGGACAGAAUAGGCCAUGCUGCCUUAGGGAUCGGCCCAGGAACAGACUUCUCUUUGCUAUUUUCUUUUAAACAGAGGUGGUGGUGGCUCGGAAGUCAGAGAACGCGGUGAUGAACAAAAAUUUCCUGGAGUUGAUGAUAACUCAUGUAUCCAUUGUUCCCCUGAGCGAGACGGUUUGUGACUUCUAGUCAAACUAUGCAAAAGCCCAGUCCAAAUCUUGAAUGGCAGUGAGGUAUUAAAUGCUAGUGUUACACUAGAAAUGAGAAAUAAAGAACAAAAUUUAGAGCUUAUUCAGCACUUUUAAAGUACAAACAGUAGACAAUGUAGUGGACUUACAGGGUGACCAGUGUGUUGUUUUAAAGUGCCUAAAUCUCAAUAUGUUUUUUAUUCAGGUUAAUGAGGAUAAUGUGUUUCCACUAUGAAAGAAUAUAAGGAUCUGUAGCCCUUUUUUUUUUUUUACCAAAAAGGGUGAAUCAUUAAAGUAAAGCCCUAUUGGAGCUGGAUUAGUUUCACCAGGCGAGUUCUGGUAAUGUAAUCUGUGUGUUAUUUGACUGGCUGAUUUGUACGGGAGAAAGGAUCUCAGUAAUUUACCCUAAUUAACCCAAAUCAUACAGACGUUUAUAUCAGCAUUAUGCUUCAGGCACCACACUUCUGAACAAUAGCAACACGUUGUGCGGCUAAAUGAUAUAUAGACUAGCGUUAGGCUAGAAAAGUGGGCUCAUUCAGCUUACCAAAUGCUGUACAACAAGACAGAAAAUGCAUUGCUUUAAAAAGGUGCUUUGGUGUUCAUUUUCCUUAUCCUUGUAAGCAGCCAUCACCAAAAAUGCUGUGCAUUGAAGUGGCCUCGUGGUCAAUUUCAGCUGUUCAGGUCACAAAAAAGUAAAUAAUGCGAGAUGUUGGUUUAUACUAAACUAAAGUGAAGUUGACUUUCAGCCACAUUCUUGUUUGAUUUUUCACAUUCCGCCUUAAAACGGUGCCGCAGUUGUAUUCUGGCACCUACGUUCACACCAGCAGCGACUUUUCGCCUCUUGUCACCCAAAGCACUGGUCGCUCAUCGCUUGUGGGCAUUUCUCAACUCAAACUGAUUGUUGGUUGGUAUGGUUUCACUGACCCCAAGUAAAAAUCAGAUGCAUUACUGCUAGAAAUAAAAAUCCUGGUGAGAAAUCCUUGUGUGCUUAAUUUUUAUUUAAUCCCCAUGUUUGUGCAGUAUGAGGAACACAGUAUAUGGUCUUUGUAAUUACUGUCUGUUUGCAGUGAAAGCACCACUGUCAUGAUUGUGUCUCUAGCAGAAACAUUUACCUAGGAACUGAAAAAGGAAUGUACUCUUUCACAGUGGCGGAGAUACAGCGCAUAUUACACUGCUCAAUCCUCAAUUUCUAUUGGUAGUCGCCACGUCACUUCACUCCUUAUAUGCAUAAAGUUGUAAUCCGCUCAACUUUGUUGUGUCACUGACUCAGCCGACUUCGUGUCGCCAGUGUUCGCGCCGCCUCCUGUCACUGGAGAUCACCAGCUUUCACUGAAAAUGAAUGACCACCUUGUUGCGUCACUGCCGGUGUGAAUGCAGGGUGAGGCUGUAAAUUGUGUCUGCUGUGCUGUUUAAGGUGGAACGGGAAAGUUCAAACAAGAAGCUGGUGAAUAAGAUGCAGGUUAAGCCUCGUCCUGAUUUCAUUAUUACGUCAAUGCGAUGGGGAUUUGAGCAGGACUACUAUUACCGAGGAGCUCUGAGUUUAGCGAAUUAUAGGAAGUAAUUCCCCCCAGAAUUAUUACUGAGCAGACUAACUGACAUGGCAGAUUCGCAUUGAGUUCUACUCGGUAAUCACUCAAACUACAGCAUGUCCUUAUGUAAUACUAAUCCAGUUCAAAUAGGGCCUAAGUAAUUCAUUUAAAAGAGACACAUUAUCUCACAUUAUAAACAAAAUGAACCAUUAAGUUAUUCUUUUUCCACAUCAGGGAAAAAAAGCAGACAGAAAACGACGCAAAAGUCUCAACAGCUAAAUCUGAUCAGCUAAGUUUCUCCGUUUUUUUGCACCUCUUUGACUUUAUUUCCUCUUCCAUUCUUUUCAUGAUACUCAGCCUUUCAAAGAAAUCUGCAGGCGUAUUUAUCCUCACCUACCAAGUUCAGUCUUAGAAGUUGGUUCAACCUUUCGUUCUCACAGUCCUGAUUUAACCCUUUAGUGUCAUACUGUAAUUUAAGCACUCAGUUAGUUUGCACUAGCUACUGGAUAAUAAGCCUUGGGAUGGAACAUCCUGGAAAUUUAAGGUGUUAAAAUAUAUACAGUAUAAACUGUACUCUGCAUUAGCUUUGCUUUGCCAGCAGAACUGCAAAGCUGACUGCCGACUGGAAUCCACAUGUAACCAAAACCACAACACGCAACUCAUAAUCCGUGCAGCAUACAAUUCAGUACAGUGAUAGCGAAUAUUAUCGCCUGAUGAGCCAUCGCUCAUUUUGUUUUCUGCUCACAUCUGGAUGGUGUUUUCUUUUGGGAAAAAAGUUCACAUUGGCUGCUUCUGUCAAUUCUUCACGACAUCCGUUCUGCACAGUGACUCAUUUUCGUGUUUGACAGCAUACCAAGAAAGACUGGAGCUGGUAAGCCCAGCACCUUGUUUUGUAAUACCCAUAUGCUGUAUGGCAGCUUUCAUGCUGUAGAUGUUCAUGCAUAGGAACCAUUUCACGGCCAAUGUUGCUUAAAGGGGAAUUCCACAGAUUUUUAACAUUGUCUACACCACGAAGCAUUCAAGAUACAAAGAAGGUCAUUGGUGUGAAACUUACAGAGUCAGAAUUGUUCACAGUUGUGAUAGGAACCAGACGUCACAAUAUACAACAGAAAUAUAGCCAUUUUAUUUACCAUCCAACAGGAAGAGUGACUCUACAUGUGUUUGCUGAGUUUCUAUGUGAAAUAUUGACAAUGACAAAAUGAUAAAUCUGGAAAUUAUAUGUUUUUUUUUGGGACUAUUUGCCUUACAACACCCUGCACGUAUCCCUCCACCAUGAAUGUGUUUUGAAAAUCUGUUUUAGACCCAAAUUGUCUCUCAAAACUACAUGAAACGGGGUAUAACUUUUUUUUUAACAUAGUGGCCUUCUAUGGACUCCUUUAGAGGCAUUAGACUCUUCCAACGUCUGGUUCCUAUCACCACCACUGUGAACGAUUCUGAGACCAAGUGCUGUAAGGACAUCUGUGUAUUUUACAUGACUGACUGAAUUAUGCAGAAAUUUGGAAAAUCUGUGGAAUUCAUCCUUAAGCAAAGUCUGUUUACGCUUUUUUCGGACACCUGUUUGGCCACAGGCUUGCUUGUUUAUUGGUUGCUACAGUUUUUGAAAUGAAGUUUCAUGCAUUUUUUUGUAUCUGUUAUUUACUUUGAGGGCUACUCUACUGCCAGCACCUUAGACUUAGACUUACACCAUACUGUGCGCAUUAGAACAAAAUUAUAGUAUAUAUUAUAUAUUAAAGUAUAUAUACAGGGAGUUUCUUGCACUGGAGCUCCCAUGUGUGGAGUAAUGGUCUCAAUACAUGUACUUUCUGCAGGAAUCCUUAAGGUGGAACUCGUUUGAGCUAGGAACAUUUACAGAGAGGUUUACUGUUGUUUUGAUGAACAAAGUGCUGCAGGGAAUGCAGACUCUCUGCACCUUCUUAUUACCGAACGACUGUCAUUUUCUCGGUGUACUGCAGCAUUUCUCCGUGACAGCUCCAGUCAGGGAUGCUUGGUGUUUUUGCAUGUGUUUUGUUUUUGGCUUUUUUUUUCCAUGAGCUGAAUGGUCUCUAGGCCUGCAGCUGCCCAGAUCUGCUGUACAAUCAAAUCCUACACAUGUUGUUGGCAGACAGAAGAAGAGACGAGCACAUUUGGCUUUUCACCCGUAAACAUGCAUCCCCUGAGUGUAAACCACUCUCAUCAUGGAUUUCCUCUGUUUGGCCUCCAUUAUCCCAGCAUUCCUUCCUGCUUACCAUGUGCAUCUUGUAAUGUUUACAGUUUCACAUUCAUUAAAGUCUGUUUUUGUAUUUUCUUAA